AUGAGGAGCUUUUCAAAGAAAAGCAUCACAUGUGUAUGGGUUCAAUACAACAGGGAUCAUAAGGCAAUCUCUAUAUGUGGAGAUAUAAAGUCUAUGAGGAAGACUAUGAUGAAAGAACUCAGGCAAAUAACUGAGGCAAAUCCAGUUUUCCGUGGCAAACUGAAGCAUCCUAGCAUCAAAAGUCGUAGAUUACAUAAUCUCAUUAACCAAAGCUUGAAUUGGCAACAUAAACAGUGUAAAAACUCUCGUCCAAAUCCAGUCAUUAAUACUCUUUUCGUUGAUCAUGUUUGUGAACCACAGGAAGAUGUUCCUUUGCCUCUACCAAUUGAAAACAAUUUGGAAGACUGUUUGUCUUUGUCUCUAUUGACUGGGAACAGUUUGCAAUUAAAAUCAACUGUUACUGAUCCUGGCCAAAGUCACAUGUGCCAUACCCAAUGGUUUGCCCACUACUGUUGCCUGACACUACAUGAAGGCUCAUCUCCAAUGAGCAUGGAUUUUCAUCCCACUUGGCAGACAAUUCUUCCAUUUGGAACUUGUGUUGGAGACAUAGGACCACCAUGGGAUGUUAGUUCCGGGGAAAAGUUGCUUUCGAGAAAUUUUAGAGUCUGGAAUCUUGACGCAGGCCCGAUGGCCUUAAAGGAAGCUCUGGUCAAAGAUUCAUAUGCAUCUGUUAAUCAUAUCCGAUGGAGUCCUGAUGGGGUUGCAUAUGCAAAGCACAUUGUGCAAUUAUAUUCUUAUAAUGGAGGCAACAACAAUUGGAAAUUGAUGCUCACUUGGGAAGUGUCAUCUUAG